AUGGAUCAAAUCGCACAUGAAAAAGUCUCGAAAGCUGGAGACGCAGUCACUCAAAGCGCGAUCAUGGGGCCCUUCUUCCAGAAAGAUCAUCCUGUCCGCGAGAUGGGAACGUCAAUCCAAGAAACAGCGGCCGAUGGAGCUGAGACUGCUUUCAUCUAUGGGAAGGUUCUUGAUGCACGAACCGGGAAGCCGAUUGCUCAUGCUGUCAUCGAUGUGUGGUUGGCAUCCACGAAUGGACUUUACGAACAACAAGACGAGAAUCAGGCUGCUCAUAACCUCUGCGGAAAGUUCGUUACCGGUGAAGACGGCGAGUAUUCUUUCUACGCCAUUCGACCAACACCAUAUCCGAUACCGUCGCUUGGUCCAGCUGGUAAAUUACUUCAGUUGAUGGACAAGCCUGCGUUUCGUCCAGCGCAUAUACACUUCAUGGUCCUGAAGGAAGGCUAUCAACCUAUCACAACGCAGCUCUACGAUGCUGAGAGCAAGUACUUAGAAAAUGAUGCCGUCUGCGCAGUUCACGACUCGCUGGUGGUCAACUUUGCGGAGCACACUGGUGAUUCCCGAGCUAAGCUGGAGGUGAAAUACGAUAUUCGUAUGGCUCCAGUGGACUCGAAUGGUGGCAUGGCCCAGCUCUAG